GCUGCAGCAGCUCCAGCGGCGUGUGUGCUGGAUGCAGUUAGUCAUUCAGUGUUGAGUCUCACUGGGUUCGUGUUCAGCUGAGAGCAACAAACAAGAGUUUAAAUUUCUGGAAACUAGAUAAAGUCAGAUUUGGAGGAUUUUUUUUUUCUUUCUUGGAGUUUGUUUUGUUUUUUCACGGAGAAGAAAAAAAAAGCGAAGAUAGAAAUCCACAGCGAUCACUUUGGAUUUGAUGAGAAAGUCAAGAAGUCCCGCUUUUGAGGAGACCAGCGGAAUAUGAUUUGAGCUCAGGGAGCGUACACUGUUGCUCGCUAACAGGAUGAAUCUUUGCCCGCUGGAAGCUGUUCAUGCCAUCAUGCUGCUGUGGGCCCUGUGCCCCAGCGUGCAGGGCCAGUGCGAUAAAUCAUCCGACACAUCCAAACUCAACCAAUCGGUCACCUACGACCUCCCAACGUUCACCGCCGACUUCCCCAUUCAGAAUAUGGUGACACUGGACGGGAUCAUCUAUGUUGGAGCCGUGAACCGAAUCUACGCCUUGUCAGCAAAUCUUACGAAGCUGUCAGAGUACCACACAGGGCCGCUGCUCGCCAACGAGACCUGCGGCCAGAAACUAGACGGCUCAGGCAGCGGUGGCAGGGUGGACAACCACAACAUCGCCUUGGUGGUGGAGCACAUUUACGACAAGGGUUUGUACAGCUGCGGGUCGGCAGAUAACGGUGUUUGUCGGCGCCACGUCCUGGAUGAUGACAUUAGCCCGAAAACCGUAGACGAAGAGGUGUACUGCUUUGCUGCCAAGGUGAGACCAGGCAAGGGUCAACCCAGCGAGUCAGAUGUUGUGGUCAGCCCUUCUGGCUCGCAGGUGCUCAACGUGGAGAGUAACGUUAUCAAGUUUUUUGUUGGAAACUCUGAGAUUCCAGGCAUGAGAAACUUAUCAGGCAGUGCGACACAUCCUCAUACCAUUUCCCUACGGAAGAUGAAGACGAGCCAAAAUGGCUUCACCUUCUUCUCUCCCCAUUCAUACAUGGAUUUGAUUCCUUCUCUACGUGGAAACUACUACCUGAAAUACGUUCACUCCUUCCACAGCGGACCCUUCACCUAUUUCCUCACCGUGCAGCGGGUGAGCAGAGACUCUCAGGCCUACCACACCCGCAUAGUCCGGAUGUGCUCCACCGACCUGGCGAUCCGCCGCUACGUGGAGAUGCCCCUCGAAUGCAUCAGCACCGAUAAGAGGCGACGACGCUCCACAGAACCCGUGAAGGUGUUCAACAUCCUCCAAGCGGCUUACGUCACCAAGGUGGGCAACGAUGUCGAACUGCAGAGGUUGCUGAAGGUGGAGGAAGGUGACGACGUGCUUUUCGCCGCCUUCGCCCGCGGAAAGCCGAACUCUCCAGAACCGACACCCAACUCAGCCGUCUGCAUCAUGUCGCUGAAACACAUCAACAACAUGUUCAAAAUGUACAUGCAGAGGUGCAACACAGUGGACCCGUAUCACUUCACCGGAUCAGACAAUAAGUCCUGCUACAAUGUGAGUUCAUCAGAUGACUGCGAUCCACAUGAGGGGAUCCAUGAAGGAAAAGAGGGCAAGUAUCGCCUGCAGGUGACUCAGUUUGUCCAAAGGUUGGAGUACUGGCACAAGGAGCUAACAAACACCUUGGUUACCUCAAUCACCGUGGUGCCGGUCCAUGGCCGUGCUGUGGCUUACCUGGGCACUGCUGACGGACGCCACAUACAGGUGCUGUUCUCCCGUUUUGCCACCCCUCACGUCAACCUUCGUCUGGACUCGAGACCUGUGUCCUCCAGCGUGGUGCUGCCCAAUGAGGAUCCCUCAGAUGGAGCUCUGCUUUUGGCCACAGGAAAUAAGAUCACUAAGGUCCCUCUUAUUGGACCCGGCUGCAGUCAGCUGACUUCAUGUACUUCCUGUUUGCUGUCGUCGCGGGUGACAGAAUGCGGCUGGUGUGACGGACGUUGCACCAGAGCCAACCAGUGUCCCUCGUCCUCUGUGUGGACCCAGGACUACUGCACACCUGUCAUCACUAAGGUUUCUCCAACUUCUGGACCAAUACGAGGCAACACGGUGGUGACCAUUUGCGGGCGCAACUUUGGCUUCGACAAGACGGAGAACUUCAAGGCUUCUCUGGUAACGGUGGAGGUGGCCAGAGCUCCCUGCAAACUACCCAGACAAGACAGCAUCAACAGGUGGACUGAGAUGCAGUGUUCCCCGGUGUUCAGUGGGAACUUCACCCCAUCAGGUCACACGGUGAAGGUCACCAGUGGCCACAAGGUAGCCAAGAUCGAAGGCUUCACCUUUGUGGACCCCGUGAUCACUGAAAUCUUCCCGUUAUUUGGGCCAAAAUCUGGGAACACCAUGCUGACCAUCAGAGGAGCCUUCCUGGAUACUGGAAACAAGCAAGAGGUGACUGUGGGGAAGGCCGUCUGUAAGAUCCAGAGCUUGACUUCCAACAUGCUGACCUGUAAGACGCCUCCAAACGCUGUUCCCUCCAAGCAACCUGUGAAGCUGACGGUGGACUCGGUGGAGCGCCACGCCCCGGUCCUCUUCACCUACAACCAAGACCCCAUCAUCAACAGCAUCCAACCGUCACGCUCCUUCAUCAGCGGAGGCUGCACGGUGUCGGCUCACGGCUUCUUCCUCCAGUCUGGCCUCCAACCCCAGAUGGUCCUCACCACCGCUCAGGAUGCGGAGGUCUUCCACGUGAGUUGUGUGUAUGGGGAGAACCGGACAUCCAUCCAAUGCACCACGCCAUCUCUGGCCAAACUGGCCCUGCCGCCGCCAGUGGUCACCAAGGUGGCGUUUGUUCUGGACGGCUACUCCACCGAUCAGUGGGAUCUGAUCUAUGUGGAAGACCCCCUUUUCCAAGAUCCCAAGCUUACCUCCAAGGAUAACAAAAGCAUUGUGGAGCUGAAGACGUGACCUUGGCCCUGUUGCUAAAUCCACCAUCAACCCAACCUCUAUCCCCUCUUUAUCCCCUCCCUUCAGCCCCGACAAACCCCCAGUUUUUACCCAGGGGGGAUGGUACCAGGCAUCGUACCGAAACAGGCCACAUUUAACGCCAUCUGAUAACCAUGCCCUGCAAUGGCCUCCACAAAAGGGGCGAAUGCUAGGCUCAUUUAGCGCCAUCUGAUAACUUCAGCCCCAGAAUGGCUGCUCAUAACAGUCGCAUCAAGGAAUAUUUAGCUCUGACUGACUGCUUCACACCAGCAUGGCAGCACAUAAAGGAUUGUUGGCUUUGGCUUGGGGCCAGGCUGUUAUCACUAGCGAUCGCUUCACGGGAGACUCAGAAGCAUUUCAUGUAUAAUAACCAUCGUAGCAGUUUAUUUAGAGUGUCUGAUAUUACUGUGACGGCUUUUUAACAACUAUAAUGACUCUCUUCUGCAGUGUGUACAGUACUGUCAC